UCUUGCCGAGAGACUGAGAGAAUACUCCUGCACCGGGAUCGUUUUCACCACUCCCUGACUCCCGUUUUCUGGAGUUUAAGUGCAUUUUCCUUGAUUUGUCCGGGAUGUGUAAAUGAAAGCGUGUCCAGUUUACGGUUUCUAAACAUUCCAUCUCCUUUUCUACGGCAGAGCAGGCGAAGACUCAACAAUGAUAUCAAAGGUAAUCCUUCUAUGCCUCCUGUAUGGAGUGGUUACACAAGGACAGCUGGUUCGACCGACCCCUGAAUGCAACAGAAAGAUUGAUUGUCCCAUCCAGCUGUACUUUGUCAUCGACACGUCAGAGACCAUUGCCUUGCAGGAGUCCCCGCCUGGCAGCUUGGUGGACAGCAUCAAGCAGUUUACCGAGCAGUUUGCCAGGAAGCUGGAUGUUGUGGACUUCAAGGGCAUGGUGCAGAUUACAUGGUCCCUGGGUGGACUCCAUUUCUCCCAGAGGCGGGAGAUCUUCAGUCCAAUAUCCAGUAGGGAAAACUUCAUCGAUGGUCUGCGAGAUAUUGUUUACCUGGGCAAGGGCACUUUCAUUGACUGUGCCCUGACCAAUAUGACCGUGGAGAUUACCCGCGCCACCCCCUUAACGAAAGUAAUUCAAUUUGCGGUGGUGAUCACCGACGGUCAUGUGACCGGCAACCCCUGUGGUGGGAUCAAGGUGGCAGCGGAGCGUGCAAGGGACGAAGGGAUCAAGAUAUUUUCCGUGGCGGCGACCAAAAACGUGGAAGAGACGGGGAUGAAGGAGAUCGCCAGCUCUCCAUCUGACGUCUAUCGCAACGCCUUCCUGGCAGUCGACCUCAGCGUAUCGCCCCCAAAAAUUAUGACUUCAACUAUCGACAAAAUCAUCAAAACUAUGACCCAUGUGGCUUUCCAGGAGUGUUAUGCAUUGAAGUGCCUGGAACACCCAGGCCCCGACGGUCCAAAAGGCCACAGAGGGAACAAGGGAGCGAAAGGUGACAGCGGUGGUCCUGGGCCAAAAGGUGACAGAGGACAAGCGGGUGACCCUGGUAUCGAAGGUCCUAUUGGCCAUCCUGGUCCAAAGGGUGAACCUGGACACAAAGGAGAAAAGGGUGAAUUGGGAACUGCAGGCAGGAAGGGCGUGGCUGGUCUCGCGGGACGCAAUGGGACUGACGGUCAAAGGGGAAAGAUAGGCCGCAUUGGAGCUCAUGGCUGCAAAGGGGACCCAGGUGACAAGGGACCUGACGGCUAUCCAGGAGACGUUGGUGACAGUGGUUUGACUGGAACUGAAGGAGAAAAGGGAGAUCCUGGCCGCCCUGGGACCUCAGGCCCACCGGGCCCGGCAGGAGAAUCUGGACCAAAGGGUGAGAGAGGCAAUCCUGGAUCACCUGGAAUUCCUGGGGAAAAAGGACCUGCAGGGACAGAAGGGGGACCUGGACCAAAAGGCGAACCUGGAAGAAGAGGAGACUUUGGACCAAAGGGGAAAAUGGGACCUAAUGGAAAAAAAGGAGAGACGGGUGAACCUGGAGCAGAGGGACAGAGGGGACUCGGAGGUGAACUUGGAAACAAGGGAGCAAAGGGAGACCCUGGUUUGCCAGGGCCAAGGGGGCCCCCAGGAGACCAGGGAGAGAGAGGGAAAAAUGGUUCUGCUGGAGAUGCUGGUGAAGCUGGACCAAGGGGAGAUUCUGGUCCCCCAGGACCCGAGGGUGACCCAGGAAGAUCUGGGUUCAGCUAUCCCGGGCCAAGAGGACCCACGGGUGACCGGGGUGACAAAGGAUCCCCUGGACCCCGAGGGAGCAGAGGUGACUGUGGACAAAAAGGAGAACCUGGUCCGAAAGCUGAUCCAGGUGAACCGGGAGAGCCAGGACCUGAGGGUGAGCCUGGUCUAAGAGGUUCCAGAGGAGACCCCGGAGAAGAUGGCGGUCCUGGUCCUGAGGGUGACCCUGGCCUUACUGACUGUGAUGUCAUGAACUACAUCAGAGAAACCUGUGGCUGCUGUGACUGCGAGAAGCGCUGUGGAGCUCUGGACAUCGUCUUUGUCAUCGACAGCUCAGAGAGUGUGGGGCAGACUAACUUCACUCUGGAGAAGAACUUCGUCAUCAACACCAUGAACAGACUGGGCUCCAUGGCAAAAGAUCCCACUUCUGAAACAGGAACCCGUGUGGGUGUGGUGCAGUACAGUCACAGCGGAACUUUCCAGGCGAUUAGGCUCAGUGACCCGACGAUAGACUCCCUGUCGGCCUUCAAAGACGCUGUCAAGAAGCUAGAGUGGAUUGCGGGAGGGACCUGGACUCCCUCUGCCCUCAAGUUCGCCUACGACAACCUCAUCCGGGACAGCCGGCGUUCAAAGGCGAAAGUAACCGUAGUGGUGAUCACGGACGGCCGCUUCGACCCGCGCGAUGAUGACAAACUGCUAACGUACCUCUGCAACGACGCCAGCCUCGACGUCAACGCCAUCGGCAUCGGUGACAUGUUCGACCAGGCUGGCGAGGACGAGAGUCUGAAAUCCAUUGCCUGCCAGAACAAAAACCACACAAUGACCAUGAGACGCUUCGCUGACCUGGUGGCCGAGGAGUUCAUCGACAAGAUCGAGGACGUCUUGUGCCCUGAUCCCAUAACCAUCUGUCCUGAUCUCCCCUGCAAGUCAGAGCCGUCCGUUGCCGGCUGCGUCCAGAGGCCCGUCGAUCUCGUCUUCCUGCUGGACGGCUCGGAGCGCAUGGGUGAGGAAAACUUCAGGCGAGUCCGUAGCUUCGUGGAGAACGUGGCGCACCGCCUGAUGCUGGCGAACAGUGAUGACGACACGGAGCACGCCCGCAUAGCGCUGCUCCAGUACGGCAACGAGAACGAGCAGCGCGUGGCCUUCCCCCUCUCCCACAACAUGACCGCCAUCCUCGGCAGCCUGUCCCGAAUGUCCUACAUCGACUCCUCCUCCAACGUGGGCACGGCCAUCAUCUACGCGGUCAACCACGUCGUCAUGGGAGGCCAACACCGCCUGGCCAGGCGCAACGCGGAGCUGUCCUUCGUCUUCAUCACGGACGGCAUCACUGGAAGCAAAAGCCUGGACGAGGGCAUCAAUUCCAUGCGCAGGGCAGAGGGCGUUCCCACGGUGAUCGCAUUGGGCAGCGACGUGGAUCAGGAGGUACUGAAGAAGCUUGCACUGGGGGACGAGUCGGCCAUUUUUAGAGGGCAAGACUUCUCGGACCUCUCAAAGCAAAGCUUCUUUGAGCACUUCAUCAAGUGGAUAUGUUAAAAAGAUCCUAUCGGGUUACCAGGAAUGGGAGGGGGGGCAGGUAUUUUCUGUACGUCUAAAUUUUACAUAAUUUCAAAACAGUUGUCUUUUUAGUUGUUUCCACAGGCUUUCUGGGGUUAUGAAAGUCAGUUGAAUAAUGUAUUCUCAUCAAGGUGCUAAUUGUAGUGGAAUUUUUUUGUGUUACCUUUUUAUAUCAUUGUAAGAACCAUCCAUAAAUUUCACAUAAUCUUGUGAAAAAAAAGUGAACACCCAACUAUAUCUGACAUAUCAUAUACAGCUCUGGUUCCUUUUUUCUCUUUGCUGAUGAUUCAGUUGAGACCAAACACACCACACCCAAGUCACUGACAUUCGCUUGGAAAUUAACUAGUUAAUAGUCAUAGGUUUAAAGUAUACACUGAAACAGACCAGUCACAUCCAUAGCUUUUAAUUAAAUAAUUAAGGGGACUGUUAUACUAUUCUGCAGACUGGUGCAUUCACACACAAUAGAAUGUAAUGGAGUGUUGUCAAACAACAUUAAAACAUUUUUUUUAUUUUUUUUUACAAAAUGUAGGCACAGUAAUGUAAGUGACUGUCCUUAGCACUAUCAAUUUGAAUUUGUCAAUCUGUAAAAUGAAGAUAACUUUAUAAUAUCAAGCAAUUUUGCAGAUGCCGCUCAACACGAGCCCUUUAACAUCAGAUUGCAAGGUCAAUAAAACGAUCUGUGGUAAUAAA